AUGAUUGUGAAUACACAUUUUCUGCAUGGAUGUCAAGUACCGGCUAUUUGGAAUUAUGGGCAAAAAGCUGAUCUUGAUGUCUAUGACAGCAAUGUCCUAAAACCCGUAUUUGUCUUCCCCAUAGUUUCAGGACAAUCAAGUUUUAAUAGACAGAAAACAAUGAAUGGUAGCACUCGUAAGCGUGAUGAUGAAGAUAUUACUACUCAGGUUUUCACAUUCGGAGAACUUGCUGCAGCAACAAAAAAUUUUCAUCCUCAAAAGCUUGUAGGCAAAGGAGGAUUCGGGAGGGUGUACAAAGGACAGCUCAAGCACAAUAAUCAGAUCGUGGCGAUAAAACAACUUGAUCAGAAUGCAGUGCAAGGAACUGAAGAGUUUUUAGAAGAAAUUGCGGCACUAAGUCAUGUUCAGCAUCCCAACCUUGUCAAUCUUAUUGGUUAUUGUGCAGAUGGCCAUCAAAAAAUGUUGGUUUAUGAAUAUUUAUCUAAUGGAUCAUUGGAAGAUCACCUUUUUGGUCUGAUUUUGUUGGUUGUUCUGUUUUCAGAGGUUUCUGGGAAAAAGCAUCCUCUUGAUUGGUACACUAGAAUAAAAAUAGCUCAUGGAGCAGCUCAAGGACUAGAGUAUUUACAUGAUAAUGCCAACACUCCGAUUGUGUAUAGCAAUUUCAAAGCAUCACACAUUUUAUUAGACAGUGAAUUCAAUGCUAAGCUCGUAGAUUUUGGAUCUUCUAGGUUUGGUCUUUCUGGUGAAAAAGAUCAUGUGCCUAUGACGAUGAUGCAAACUUAUGGCCAUUGUGCACCAGAGUAUUCAGAAACGGGUGAGCCCACGCCUAAGUCAGAUGUCUAUAGCUUUGGAGUCCUGUUGCUAGAAAUUAUAUCAGGACGAAGGGCUAUUGAUACCACAAGGCCAAAAGAGGAGCAAAAUUUAGUUACUUGGGCACAUCCAAUAUUUAAGGACAAAAAGAAGUUCAGAUUAAUUGCUGAUCCCCUGCUUAGUGAUAAAUAUCCAGUAAAGGCUCUUUACCAGGCUCUAGCUAUGGCAGCUAUGUGUCUCCAAGAAGAAGCGAACACCAGGCCUGUGAUUGCUGAUAUUGCCAUUGCUUUGGAGUACCUUCUUUGUGAAAGUUUCAAAAACAAUGACAAAGUUAGCAUGUCGGAUGAUGAACUAGCUGCUAUGGAAUUUGGGACACAAGAUGCUGAAACUUCGUUAUAGCCACAACCUAAUGCAUAAGAUCAUCAUCAACAACAGUAUAAAAAACCUUGUAUAAUUUAAGCUAAAUACAGUCAACUGUACAAGGUUUCAAAACUCAGUAGUCCUGUGAUGUUUCUUGUACUUUUAGCGGUAAUUCUAUGCAUAUCUGCAACAACUGAGCACUUAGCCCCUUGGCGACAACUACUAUUGUUUUGCUGAGAUCCUCUUAUCAAGAACUAACUAUUAAGGCAGGAGUUAACUCCACA